UCACCCGCUAUCUUCUACUCCUAAUUUUUAUAGGAAGACCAAUAAAAACCAAACAAAAAUGUGUACCAACAACGCUGAAAAGAUUCCGCCUGGCACAGUCCGUUCUUCUGAAAGAAAGCAAAGAUCAAAGCGAUCUAAAGUUCAAGUUCAAUGGCUUACCUGCAGCAGGAAAAAUUGUGAAGAAAAAGUAGACAAAGAUGUUGAACUAAAGAACUUGAAGUUAUAUUUGGAGAACAAAAGUAUAAUUGAAGAGAAUGAGAAGCUGAGGAGAAAAGCCAAUCUUCUUCACCAGGAGAAUUUAGCCUUAAUGUCUGAGUUUCAGAAGAAAUUCCCAGAUUUGCAUGGUUCCUCUACCCUGGUUCUUCUUCACAAACACUGAUAUCAGAAGAGGAGCAGUCAUAUAUAUAAAUAUUCUCUAUCCCGCGGGCGCUUCUCUCCAAUCUCUAGCUUAAUUUCUUCUUCUCUGACGUUUCUGAAUACAUGUUUUUGGAGAAUUAGAAGUCCUAUCUAAUUUCCUGGGCUCAUAUGUUGUUAUGAUUUCCCGAAAAUAUUUUAAGAGAUCAUGGAAGUUUGGACACCAUGGUUAUGUUAAUGAGUUUCUCCAAACAGAGCUGUAGGGGCACAAAUGAUGCGCUAUAUAUAUGAUGAAUACCUCCUUUC